UCUGCCGCCUCCAUCAUUCGUCCUCCUUGCCAUCGACGCCUUGCCGCCUCCUCCUUCUCGGCCAUUCGUCUCCCUCGCUGUCGACGCCAUCCUUCUCCGCCAUUCUGGCCGCCUCCGCCAUCCGUCUCCCUCUCCGUCGACGCCUCCUUCUCGCCAUUGUCACUGCCUCCGCCGCCUUCGCCGCCGCCUCCACCAUCCGUCUGUGCCGCUGUUCUAUUUUCUUCUAAGUGGGCCGCAGUUCCUCUAAUGAUUCUGUCAUCUAGUAAAAAGACUCCCCCAUCAACGACUAUAAAAGAAACAAAGACAGAGGAAAAGGAGCAAGAGAAAAAAGUUUGAUCUGAACAAAAGAAAGCAAGUCCAGCUGCAAGAAAACAGUGGACAACUACAUUAAACUGCAGAGCUGUAUCAGGUGUAAUUUAGGCCCUCCAAUCCAUUUCUGCAGCUUCAUAACAGGAAGAGGAAUCUCUUAAUCUGCAGGAGACCUGGGGAGGCACUUCCUAAGCACCGAUGUUGCCAUCUAAUAAAAAACAUGCUUAACUGAUAGAUCCCCAACUGACUUUCAAAUAUGAUUGAAGCAACAAGGUAUGAAGCUGGGAGCCCAAUUGAGGUCUCCCUUAGAGAAGCUUUUAAUCUCCUUGAACCUCAACUUAGACCCCCAUUUCCACUCAAAAUUCUGACACAAUCAGAAUAUUUAAACCUUAAUAAGGCUAUUCUUUAUGGAAUUUUAUGUGAACCCCAUAUGGCCAAUGUUCAUAUUAAGCACUUGCAUGGAAAAGUAAUAGAUGGUUACAGUUUUUUCACAAACACCCUUACAGAGGUGGUUAAUGAUUUGUAUAAAAAACUUAUUGAUUCAGCAAAACAUCAGUUGAUUUGGGUGACUACUGAAAUGGUCUGUGUUUCAGCUAUGGGAAUUGAUGGAUUGUUGGUAGCUCUGCUGAGGCAAAUUGUUGCUGGGGAUUUUAGUGAAGGAAAUUUGUGGUUGUGUUCGAAGUUGGUCAGCCUGUUUUUGGCCAAAUGGGAUUCUUUAUUGGAAGAAGAGCCAUUAGUAUUAACAAGUGCUCUCUAUACAUUUCUACGGUUGUUGAAUGAUCAUUAUAGGUUGUCUGGCAAUUCAAGAUUUGAGGUGUUGAAGCAAAUGGAGAUUGAUUUUUGUGUUAGAAUGUUGAGGGAACAGUUUCAUUUGAGUUUCAAAAUAGGUAGGGAUCUCAUUCGUAUCCUACAAGACUUGGUUUAUGUUCCUGAAUUUCAACCUGUAUGGAAGGACUUGCUGUUCAAUCCUGGUGAGUUCAAAACAAAUGAGUUUCAUGACAUUUCACAGCUUUACCUGUCAAGGACUUCAAGUAGGUAUUUUCUUCUCCGGAUCACUCCGGAAAUGGAGACCCAAUUGCGGUUUAUGCUUACACAUGUGAAGUUGGGCAGUCAGAAGAGGUACCAAGCUUGGUUUGCAAAGAAGUUUCUUUCUACACCAGAGAGAGAGACUCUUGUAAUUGACAUUGUACGGUUUAUUUGUUGUUCACACCAUCCACCAAAUGAAAUUAUCCAGUCAGCUGUUAUCCCUAGAUGGGCUAUUAUAGGUUGGUUACUAAAAUCUUGUAGGAAAAAUCAUGUUGAAGCCCGUGUGAAGCUGGCUCUAUUCUAUGAUUGGCUUUUCUAUGAUGAAAAAGUGGACAAUAUCAUGAAUAUUGAGCCUGCAAUCUUACUUAUGGUGAAUUCAAUUCCUAAGUAUGUCGACAUGACUCAAACUCUUCUUGAGUUUUUAUACAUUCUUAUGGACAACUAUGAUGUUGGAAGGAGUAAUCUAAUUAAUCAUGGGGUCUUGUCAGCUUUCUGUGUCCUUGUCGGAAAAGGAGUAGUUCACUCGCUAGAUGUUUUGACUAAUUGUGAUGCACUUUCUCCCUUUCUCAAACAGAGGCUUGUGGUGUUAUUAUCUGGCUUGAAUGCAAACGUUCCAAAGGUAUUGCAGCCUGCCCAUACUGUGCAAUCCUUGAAUUCGCCUGAGCCAUCCAGUCUGCAAUAUCAAUUAUCAUCUAAUGGUGUUCCUGGUACCAUGUGAUAAACUCACUACUUGUUAAUGUUGCAUGACUAGCAAAAUUAAAGUUACUACUUCAGAGAAUUUGGUGGGUAGUAGAUCAUAUUUUUGAUUAAUUUUGUCUUGUUACUGGUAAUCUGCAUGUUAAACGAUAAUCGACUAUGUUGGGCUUACAAUAAUUUUUGUAUGUUUUAAUCUGUUUUUCAUAUUUUCAGGUCUAUGACCAGUGGCAGAUGUUACGACUAGGCUUUUCAUUUUUCAAUUGUGAUCUCCAUUAUCCUGGACUAUGUAGCCCUUGAUAACUGGCAACUAUGCUGAUCUCAGCUAAGUUAGCGAGCAGAUUAUGGAGUGCCAAGACAACAUGUUGGACCUGGAGGGCUACUGCUUGUAGUUACUAUUGUCAAGGAUUUCAUAUGCAGGGAAAUCGCCACCUCAACAUGAAAUCAUAUUACAGAAUCAAAAGUGAAUUCCUCAUCCACUAGUUCAUCUCUCUCAUUGUCAACUUUGGCUCUAUCCAUAACCCUCUGUUCAUUUUUUGCAAUGUAUUUGAGUCAAAUCUGAAAAAUGCCUGGCAUGAAGAAGGGCACUCUAAACUGGUUCCGGAAUAGAUACUUGUCAGGACACCUAUCAAUGGACUUCAGUUGAUGCUUCAUAGGAGCAGCGUUUGAAUUGGAUACCUUUUGUCUACACCUUGACAUGGAGGCAUUCAUGGUUGGGCAGCACCUUGCUCUUAGCCCAUGUAUAGGCGUGAAGGAAGGGCAUGCCAAGGCAAGAUACAGGUUGAUGUGUUGGGCAACACCAGCCACUAUACCCUUGCUAGACAUAGGUGGUGGAGAACCCCCCCCCCCCCCCCAGCCAACACACCCUAUUGAUAGGUAUAGGAUGGGAUGAUAUAACUUUUUGCCUUACGAUGGCAUCAUCUCACAGCCUCCCUUCACAUCUAUGAACGGAUUGAACCGCAAGUUCCCACCCAGCCAUGCAUGCCUCUAUGUCAAGGGCCUGACACCUAAGAAGCACAUGUGCUUCUAAAAAUGUUGUACUGUUGCAGACAUCAGCACUCAGAAAACACUUAUCUGGACACCGUUUAGUUAUGUUAUUUUUUAACCUUUUUUCUGGCUUUGGACACACUCCAAGUGUAUGAAGUUUGAUUUGUCUCCCUGAACAUGUUUUUGGCCUUGUGGUGGCAGUACCACUGGAAUGAAGAUGAUGGACGGAGCUUCUUGCGGUUUAUGCAAAUGGAAGUGAAUACCGGUAAUUGUGAUAUGUAAUUCAUACUCAAACUUGAUGAUGAUGAUGCAAAUUCAUAAGAGCAAGGCUAGUUGUAACUGGUAAAGAGAGAGAGCAUUUUGAAGUCAACACAAACCAGAGCUAGGAGCACGAAUGUUCUUUGCUGGCCCCUAGUCGGUGUUCGUCCAGAUUGUCCGACACUUUUUUUUAAUCACACAAAACUACCCGUGCCGAUGAAUGCAACUGUAAGGGUAUUGCCUUGUAUGUAUCUAGUAAGCUAGCUAGCUAGCUGGCUGGCUCCUCUUGUCUUCAUUGUAAUGUCUUAAAGGAGGGACAGAUAUUGGAUGGGUACCCAUUCAGUUUGUAUGGUAUUAAUUUCCCUCCCUGGUGUUAUAUGAUAUGAUGAACAUUAUCUUUGGA